AUUCAUGGGCAAGGGCCAACUUGUCCUUGGGACCUCCAAAUUCCACACACAGUAUGCUGACACAUGGGGCUGGGGAGAGGCAGGACAGGGAAGGACUGGGCAGCGAGGCGGCAAGCUUUGGCUCCAAGUGAAAAGGGGGUGAGCAAGGGAAGGAGUGAUCCCGUGUAUUGUGAGGGCUAUCUAGGCUGCUUCAGUGGAGCUAAGGUCGACGUGUGGCCACCAGCUGGCUCGGUUGUCCACAACCGUAACGGCGGUGGGGAGAAGUCCAUUGGUUAGAAGGGGAGUCAACAGGAUGGGGGGAGAUGAGCAAAAAGCCUCAGAUGACCAUGCUUCAGGUCCAAGCAGCUCGGAGUCAGGUGCCAACAGGCAGAGUUCCGCAUGGGGCAAGUGAAGUCUACCUUUGGGUUUCCGGGUGGACGUGGGGCAGGAGCUGGGGAGGGACGGUGGGCUGCAGACUCAAACCCGGGACUACUAGUGUGUAAUUAGGAGAGUGUUGCUGGCUCAUUCAGGCUGGCUCCUGGAUGCCUCCCCAGUGGCUUUCCGGAUUGCAGGACCUUGCAUUCUCUGGUUGCUCCAUUCCCUGCCCCUUUUCUGGAUAAAGCUGGAUGGGAACAGGCCUAAGUGCCUCAGGAGCAGCCAUGCAUCCUUCUCUCCCUGAGACAUGAGCUGACUGACUUCAGUAACCCCCAGCAGCUUUCCCCACCACUGCAGGGCUAGGAAGUGGCAAGCAAAUCUUGACACUGUAACUUUAAGUGGAGGAACCCGUAACCCUGAGUUCACUACCACAGAAAGGAAACAGGGCUAGGCUGUGGGGAGCCACUGCUGCGGCUCUGACUGCUGACAACACGAAAACAUUGUGCCAUGAGAACUGGAACUCGCAGGCCGUCCCUGCAGCAAGUAUGGCCCAGGCUCAGGCCCUGGUCCUAUUCUCAUCACUGCUGACCAUCUGUGUCUCUGAAGGGAGCCCCGAGGUGUGGGUGCGAGUCCAGAUGGAGGCCACCAGGCUCCCAUCCCUCUCCCUCUCAGUUCGCUGUGGGGUCUUAGGAACCAAUUUCAUCUCCCUGGUAACAGUGAUCUGGGAAAGAUUUGUGGAUGCCCAAGGGACCAAACUAGCUGUGUUACAUCCAGAACUUGGCACCCAGCGGUGGGGCCCCACCUCCCAGGCCCGCUGGGAAACCUCAAACAGCAUCUCUCUCACUCUGACCCUGGAACAGUCCAAAGCAAAAACGUCCCUGGCUAACACCACCUUCUGCUGCGAGUUCGUUAUUUUCCCUCACGGUUCCAGGGUUGCCUGUGGAGAGCUGCAUAGCUCAGAUCCAGGACUCUCUGCCCCAACUUCAGUCCCUAUUCUUCAAGCAAACCUGGCCAGGAUCUUGGGGACCUCAGGGAUUCUCCUGCUGGGUUUCGUCUUCAUACUCUAUCUCCUGUGGCGGCAGAAGCAUUGGUGUUUCAGUAAAUCUCAGCCAUCCCCCAUCAGCACCCGGGCACAGAUGCAAGCUCAGCUUCUCCGAUCACCCUCUGGACACGGCAGCUUCGUCUCUACUGAGAAUGGAUUGUAUGCUUCAGCAGGGGAGACACUUCCCCACCCUGUUCCCAACAGCCUUGCUUCCUCUGACUGUCUGGAGCACGGUACCCCAGGAAAAUGCUCAGAAGUUCAAUGGCAGGCACCCUCGGUCCCCUCCAGGCCUUUGGGACAUCCCUCUGCUGGUGUCUUCAUCCUGGGCCUCUUCAUGAAUCUUGUUUUGGUUUUAGGCCUCUGAUGAGAUCACACUCUGCUGGCUAGGAUGUGGUCAGUGUAUGCGCAUGUAUGGACAAAGGUGUGAGUGGAGAGGUAUGACGAAGGCCCAGUUACAUCCUGUUUUGCACAUAAUUCCACCCUCCCAGAUGAUGUCUUUAAUAAGGUCAUUAAAGUGAUCCUUCUGUUUGGGACUUUA